AUGGUACACGCAAACACUGGUUUCACAUACGUAUCCGUGGGUGGAGGUGCGCAACGUGCGAUUCACGCGGCGUCUAAGCGGGGACUGAGCGGCGAGGCAAGCGGCGGGCGCCGGGGCGCGGCGGGCCGCUAUCGAGCGGUGACGUCAGCGCGCGCAGGACGCGCCGUUAGCUGCGCCCGCCCCGCGCCCUUCCCGCGCCCGCGAUACGUGCCGCCGCCGAACCAUCGGCCG